CAUUUGCUAAGGUUGCCUCACAAGACCCAUCUCUCUCUCCUCUUUAAUCUCUCCAUUUCCCCAAACUACACGCAGCCCAACGCAGAACUCCACAGGACAAGAACAACUCAAAACACCCCUGUCAGGCACUCGGCAUUCCUGAUCCCAUGCAUGCAUGCAUGCAUGAGUCUACCCAACAUCCUCCUCUACCCUUCUUCCUCCUCUUCUUCUUCUUCUUCUUACCACUACUGCUGCUAUCAGUGCUCUAUUCAGAUAACGACAGUAACUAAAGUGUAGAGAUGGAUAAGUACCAGAGGCUGAUGCUGGUUGUUCUCCUGGUGGUCGUCAUCUCUUUCGUGCCCCCUUUGGCUCUUGGCCGGCACUUGGACUCGGUGGACAUGGAAGUUCUUCUGGAGGUGAAGAAAUCGUUCACGGAGGACCUGCGGCGGGUGCUCGACGACUGGAGCUCGGAUAACCCGGACCACUGCUCUUGGACUGGUGUCACCUGCGACCUGGACUCCGGGGUGGUGGCGCUCAACCUCUCCUCCUCGUCCCUGGCCGGCUCCCUCUCCCCUUCCCUCGGCCGGCUGAGCCGACUUGCCACCCUCGACCUGUCCUCCAAUCGCCUCACAGGUACCAUCCCGAGCCAGCUCGCCAGGCUUUCCGCUCUGACCACACUCUUCCUCUAUUCCAACCGCCUCUCGGGCACGAUGCCCCCUUCACUCGGCUCGCUCUCCGGCCUCCGAGUCGUCCGGCUCGGCGAUAACCCAGGCCUGUCCGGGCCGAUUCCGGGCUCGUUCGGCGACCUUCGGAACCUGACCACCCUCGCCCUGGCCCUCUGCAACCUCUCCGGCCCCAUUCCGAGUCGACUCGGCCGGCUGACUCAGCUCCACAACCUAGUCCUCCAACAGAACCAGCUAGACGGCCCGAUCCCCCCGGAGCUCGGCAAUUUGGAUAAACUCCAGAUCCUAAACCUGGCCGACAAUUUGCUCGGGGGAGAAAUACCGAGUCAACUCGGCGAGCUGAGCCAACUCACCUACCUCAACCUGAUGUCCAACCAGCUCGAAGGGACCAUUACAAGUUCUCUCGGCAAACUAUCCGGCCUUCGCAAUCUGGACUUGUCGAUGAACCAGCUCGAAGGCGAGCUCCCGACUGAGCUCGGACAACUCAGUGAACUCAAUUAUCUAGUCUUGUCCAACAAUAAGCUCUCUGGCCACCUGCCGGAGAACCUCUGCCUGAAUGCGACGAAAUUAGAGCACUUGUUCCUGUCUGGCAACAACUUCACCGGUCGAAUUCCAGCCAGCAUAGUCCAAUGCCGGUCCUUGACGCAAUUGGAUUUGGCGAACAACAGCUUCACCGGCGCGAUCCCCGUCGAACUCGGCGAGCUUGCCAAUCUUACUGAUCUCUUGCUCAAUAACAACAGCCUCUGGGGUUCGAUUCCUAGCGAAUUCGGCAACCUCAGUAACCUUCAGACGCUGGCUCUCUACCACAAUGAGUUGCGAGGCGGACUGCCGGAGGAGAUCGGCAAGUUGCAGCAGCUUCAGAUACUUUAUCUCUACGAGAACCAGCUGUCCGGCGAGAUCCCGCCGGCGAUCGGGAACUGUUCGAGCUUGCAAAUGAUCGACUUCUACGGGAACCAGUUUUCCGGCAGCAUUCCGGCGUCGAUCGGGCGGCUGGAGCAGCUGAGUUUCGUGCACCUGAGGCAGAACGACCUCUCCGGUGAGAUCCCCGCGUCAUUGGGAAGGUGCCGGCAGCUCACGAUUCUCGACUUGGCCGACAACCGGCUCUCUGGCGGGAUUCCUGCGACCUUAGGUCUCCUGCAAUCGCUCCAGCAGCUCAUGCUGUACAACAAUUCGCUCGAAGGAAGCAUCCCGGAAGAGAUGUUCGAUUGCCGGAACAUCACCAGAGUGAACCUGUCCAACAACCGGUUCAACGGAAGCAUCCUCCCGUUAUGCGGAUCGAGCUCGCUCCUGUCGUUCGAUCUCACCAACAACUCAUUCAACCUCGAGAUUCCGGCGCAGCUUGGGAACUCGCCGGCGCUCGAGAGGAUUCGACUCGGGAGCAACCGGCUGGCAGGCGAGAUCCCGCCGAUGCUCGGAGAAAUCGGCGCUCUCUCGCUUUUGGAUCUGUCGAGCAAUUCGCUGACCGGAGUGAUACCGGAGGAACUGGCGUCAUGCAAGAAUCUCACCCACAUUGUUCUGAACAAUAACCAGCUCACCGGAGUCAUCCCGACGUGGGUCGGAAGCUUGCCGCAGCUGGGGGAGCUCAAGCUCUCUUCGAACAGAUUCUUUGGGCCUCUUCCUAUCGAGCUCUUCAAUUGCUCCAAGCUACUGAAGCUGUCUCUCGAUGAUAACUCAUUGAAUGGUUCGCUCCCGAGCGAAGUCGGCAAGCUUGCGUCUCUGAAUGUACUCGACUUUGCUCGCAACCAGCUUUCUGGAGGAAUCCCUGCUUCCAUAGGGAGGCUAAGCAAGCUUUAUGACCUCCGGUUGUCGCACAAUCUGUUCUCGGGGCCGAUCCUGAUGGAGCUCGGACAACUGCAGGAGCUACAGAGUGCGUUGGACCUCAGCUUCAACGACCUCAGCGGUGAGAUUCCAUCGUCCCUGGCGUCGCUUGCUAAGCUCGAAGAUCUCAACCUCUCCCACAAUUCGCUGGCGGGAGAGGUACCGCGACAAAUAGGUGAAAUGAGCAGCUUGGUGGAGCUCGACCUCUCGCACAACAAUCUGCAGGGGCAACUGGAUGAGCGAUUCGCCCGCUGGCCGCCGCAGUCCUUCGCCGCCAACCUUGCACUCUGCGGGUAUCCUCUCCCACCGUGCGGCGUUGCGCGGUCCGCCCACCACCGCUCCACGUCAAGCUCUGCGGCUGUAGCCGCGAUCUCUGCCUCCGUGACGCUGGUGAUCAUUCUCCUCCUGAUCGCCGCGGUGAUAUGGAUCAGAAGGUGGUGUACGAAGAGAACAAUUGAGGUCAAUUGCACGUACUCCUCGAGGAGUUCUUCGCAGGCUCACAGAGAACUGAUCAUGAAGGGGUCCCGGAGGCGGGAGCUAAAAUGGGACGCAAUCAUGGAAGCAACGUGCAACCUGAGCGACGAGUUCGUCAUCGGCUCAGGCGGGUCGGGCACCGUCUACAGAGCCGAAUUGCCGUCCGGCGAGACAGUGGCCGUGAAGAAGAUUCUGCACCAGCACAGGGAAUCUCUGUUGCAGGACAAGAGCUUCGUGAGAGAGGUGAAAAUACUAGGCCGGAUCAGGCACCGGCACUUUGUGAAGCUGCUGGGGUUCCUCAGCAGCAACGACGGGGAGCAUCUGUUGGUGUACGAGUACAUGGAGAAUGGCAGCUUGUGGGAUUGGCUGCACAAGCCCGGAGUGAGCCAGAAGAGGAAGCGAGAGCUGAAUUGGGAGGCCAGGUUGAAGAUUGCGAUCGGCCUCGCCAAAGGAGUGGAGUACCUGCACCAUGACUGCGUUCCGAGGAUCGUUCACAGGGACAUCAAGUCCGGCAAUGUGCUGCUAGACGGCGACAUGGAGGCGCAUCUCGGAGACUUCGGGCUGGCCAAGGCGGUCACGGACGGCACCGAGACUGGCUCCUGCUUCGCCGGAUCAUAUGGCUACAUGGCUCCAGAAUAUGCGUACUCCCUGAAGGCGACAGAGAAGAGCGAUGUGUAUAGCAUGGGCAUAGUUCUCAUGGAGCUCGUGAGCGGGUUGAUGCCGACGGAUCGUACCUUCGGAGGAGACAUGGAUAUGGUGAGGUGGGUGCAGUCUCGAGUUGCGUCGGCGUCUUCGUCGUCGGUGGCGGAGCGGGAGGAGUUGCUGGAUCCUGCUCUGAGGCUGCUGGCAUCGCACGGGGAGUCGUCCAUGUACGAUGUGCUGGAUGUGGCCUUGCAAUGCACCAGGACGACUCCCGCCGAGCGGCCCAGCUCGCGGCACGUCUCGGAUCGGCUGCUCCGCAUUUCGCUGAAGAUUCACAGGGCGGGCUCUGGAAAGAAAACUGCAGUCUAAACAUUCUGAUGAGGAAUUAGAUGACGAUGAUGAUGAGUUGUUUUGGUUGAGAACCACUACAAGCAUUAAUCUUCCAAUCUUUUACCGUGCAUAACACAUUGUUUGUAAUACUAUAGAACAGGAAUUUGCGAA